AUGCACGACCAGAGCUCACACUGUUACCCAUCCCCUGUCCGCUACUUCCAUGCCCCCCUACCUUGGCCAAUUGAGCUCGCCAACCUUAGCCCAGGAACUACUACCGAGGACCUUUGGACCAUUUUAGCCACUUAUGGUGAAAUUGACCAUUGCUUCCUUCUUCCACGAAAACAAUUGAACCCCGGCACCAUCAUCCACUUUUCUGAUUACAAGACCGCUGCGGCCGCAGCAGAAGAUUUGGACGGAACAUUUCACCCCCUCUUGUCAUCUUCUUUCCCCACCCCUCCAAGAUACAAAUUUGGGGGUGGUUACAAAUAA